CCUCGCUUGGUCACAGCUCUACAAUCUCUCAUCUCUGCAGUGGCGUUUUCUCGGUGAUAUGAGAGCUAAUAUAGGCGAAUCCCUGCACCACAGGCGUCAGAUCUUCUUGCCAAAGCUGGAUCUCUAUGUAUUACUGUGAUCGUUGAGAAUAAAUCAGCUGAAACCCCGGCAGCGUGGAAUAACAGCGGACAUGACUGCGAUGGGGAAAUUCAAGCACAUCCUGCUCAUUUUCGCAGGUCUAAUUACCGCAGCUAACGGUCAGCCAUGUGGUGGUGUGGUGCAAGGCCUGAAUGGAACCAUAGAGAGUCCUGGCUUCCCACACGGUUACCCCAACUACGCCAACUGCACGUGGAUCAUAGUGACAGGCGAGCGCAACAGGAUCCAGCUGUCCUUUCACACCUUCGCGCUGGAGGAGGACUUUGACAUCGUCUCCAUUUACGAUGGGCAGCCACAGCCGGGCAACCUAAAAAUGAGGUUGUCUGGCUUCAUGUUGCCAUCGCCGAUAGUAAGUUCGGGGUCUAUACUAGCACUGUGGUUCACCACAGAUUUUGCUGUGAGCGCACAAGGAUUUAAAGCAAUUUUUGAAGUGCUGCCGAGUCACACAUGUGGAAAUCCAGGGCUGAUUCCCAGAGGAAUAAUUCACGGGACGAGAUAUAACAUCGGGGACAAGAUCCGCUACAGCUGCGUGAUGGGAUACAUUCUGGAGGGUCACGCAGUGCUCACAUGUAUUGUGAGUCCUGGAAGUGGUGCAUCAUGGGACUUCCCAGCACCAUUUUGUAGAGCUGAAGGAGCAUGUGGGGGCACAUUAAGAGGCACAACGGGCACAAUCACCAGCCCUCACUUCCCCUCAGAGUACGAAAACAAUGCCGACUGCACAUGGAGCAUCCUGGCGGAGCCUGGAGACACCAUCGCUCUGGUCUUCACAGACUUCCAGCUAGAGGACAGAUAUGACUUCCUUGAAAUCAGUGGCACAGAGGCUCCAUCAAUAUGGCUCACUGGCAUGAAUCUGCCGUCGCCAGUCAUCAGCAGCAAGAACUGGCUGCGGCUGCACUUCACGUCUGACAGCAACCAUCGGCGGAAAGGAUUUAGUGCCCAGUACCAAGUGAAGAAGGCCAUUGAGCUGAAGUCCAGAGGAGUGAAAAUGCUUCCGAACAAAGACACGAACCAUAAAAACGCAGUGUUGAGCCAGGGAGGAAUGGCAGCAGACAUUUGUCCUGAUCCAGGGAUUCCAGAGAAUGGGAAGAGGAUCGGCUCCAGCUUCCAGGUUGGGGCCAGCAUACAGUUCUCCUGCGAUGACAGCUAUGUGCUACAAGGAUCAAAGAGCAUCACUUGUCAGAGAGUGACUGAGACCUUGGCCGCCUGGAGUGACCACAGGCCGAUUUGUCGGACAAGAACAUGUGGCUCGAACCUGCGAGGUCCAAAAGGCAUCAUCACGUCUCCAAAUUACCCAGUGCAGUACGAGAACAACGCCCACUGCGUGUGGGUUAUUUCAGCAGUGGAUCCUGCAAAGGUGAUCAAAUUGGCCUUUGAUGAGUUUGAUCUUGAGAGAGCUUAUGACACAUUAACAGUGGGAGAUGGAGGAAAGAUCGGUGAUGCAAGACGGGUGCUCUAUGUUCUGACAGGAUCUAGUGUGCCUGAUUUGAUUGUGAGUAUGAGCAACCAGAUGUGGCUACACCUUCAGUCUGAUGACACUAUUGGAUCACAGGGAUUCAAGGCCAUAUAUGAAGAAAUUGACAAAGGAGGGUGUGGAGACCCAGGUAUCCCAGCCUAUGGGAAGCGAACGGGAGACAGUUUUUUACAUGGUGAUAUACUGACCUUUGAGUGCCAGGCCGCUUUCGAGUUGGUCGGCGAGAGGACGAUAUCAUGCCAGCAGAAUAACCAGUGGUCUGGAAACAAACCCAGCUGCGUCUUCUCCUGCUUCUUCAAUUUCACCACCCCGUCGGGUAUCAUCCUAUCGCCCAACUACCCCGAAGAGUAUGGCAACAACAUGAACUGCGUGUGGCUCAUUAUAGCAGAGCCAGGCAAUCGCAUCCAUCUCAUUUUCAGUGACUUUGAGGUGGAGCCACAGUUCGAUUACCUUAUCGUGAAAGACGACGGGAUGCCCGAGCCCACCACUUUCGGCACUUUCUCUGGGAAGGACGUGCCUUCCCAGAUCGCCAGCAAUGGAAACAUUAUGCGUCUGGAGUUCCAGUCGGACCACUCCAACACUGGGAAGGGCUUUAAUAUCACCUACACAACAUUUGGACAGAAUGAAUGUCACGACCCCGGCGUCCCCGUCAACGGGCAGCGUUUUGGGGAGCACUUCCUGCUGGGCAGUUCAGUCCUCUUCACAUGUGACGAAGGCUUCAUCAAGACCCACGGCUCUGAGUCUAUCACCUGUGUCAUCCAGGAUGGCAACGUUGUGUGGAACGCCGCCGUGCCACGCUGCGAAGCUCCCUGCGGUGGGCAUUUAACAGCUACGGCGGGAGUCCUGCUGUCCCCUGGCUGGCCUGGCUAUUACAAAGACUCCCUCAACUGUGAAUGGGUUAUUGAAGCAGGGAAGGACCAUGCCAUCAAGAUCUCUUUUGACAGGUUCCAGACAGAGGUUAAUUACGACACGCUGGAGAUCCGCGACGGGCCCUCCAGCUCGUCGCCGCUGAUCGGCGACUAUCAUGGCACCCAGGCGCCUCGCUUUCUCAUCAGCACGGGCAAUUACAUGUAUCUCCUCUUCACCACCGACAACAGCCGCUCCAGCGAGGGCUUUCAGAUCCGCUACGAGAGCGUCAUGAUGGAGAGCGACUCAUGCUUAGAUCCGGGGAUCCCCGUGAACGGAAAGAGACACGGAAACAAUUUCGCCAUUGGCUCCAGGGUGACGUUCAGCUGUGAUCAAGGCUACACCCUGAGUGAUGAAGAGCCCAUCGUGUGUGAGAGAAACCACCAGUGGAACCACGCUCUGCCCAGCUGUGAUGCUUUGUGUGGUGGUUACAUCUAUGGAAAAACUGGGACUAUCCUUUCCCCUGGUUUUCCAGAUUUCUACCCAAACUCUUUAAACUGCACAUGGACUAUAGAAGUGUCUCAUGGAAAAGGGGUGCAUCUGGCCUUCCACACAUUUCACCUGGAAGACUCACACGACUACCUGCUCAUUGCGGAGGAUGGCACUUUCAGCGAGCCCGUGGCCCGUCUCACGGGCUCCAUUCUGCCACCCUCCAUUAAAGCUGGCCUGUUUGGCAACUUCAGUGCCCAAGUCCGCUUCAUCUCCGACUUCUCCAUGUCCUACGAGGGCUUCAACAUCACCUUCUCAGAGUACGAUCUGGAGCCAUGUGAGGAUCCAGGGGUGCCUGCCUACAGCAGGAGGGUGGGCUUCCAGUUCGGGGUGGGUGACUCACUAAUGUUCACCUGUUUCUCGGGCUACCGGCUGGAGGGUGAGAGCAAGAUCACCUGUCUGGGAGGAGGCCGGCGCGUCUGGAGCGCAGCCCUGCCAAGGUGUGUGGCCGAGUGUGGCGCCAUCUCCAUGGGGAGCGAGGGCGUCCUCCUGUCCCCCAACUUCCCAGCCAACUAUGACAACAACCACGAAUGCAUCUACCACGUCCAGACUGACAACGGCAGGGGCAUUCAGCUGGUGGCCAGCACCUUUCAGCUUAGAGAAGGAGACUUCCUUCUGGUUUAUGAUGGUCAGGACAGUUCAUCAAGGCUGCUGGGCAAUUUCACAAAGAGUGAAAUGUCCAGUGACAUCAUUAAUAGCACCUCCAACCAUCUGUGGAUUGAAUUUAAUAGCAAUGGGACAGGAACCAACAAGGGCUUCAAGCUGAUAUACACUAGCUUUGAUCUUGUCAGAUGCGAGGAGCCUGGCACCCCGAACUACGGCUACAAGAUCCAAGACGAUGGCCAUUUUGCAGGCACGUUCGUGCUUUACAGCUGCAACCCGGGCUAUACUCUGCAUGGCAGCAGCACACUGACCUGCCUGAGUGGGGAUCGGCGUGUGUGGGACAAAUCGCUGCCUUCCUGCGUCGCGGAGUGUGGUGGUCACAUCAGUGGAGCCAUAUCUGGUCGCAUCCUGUCUCCUGGUUACCCUGCCCCCUAUGACAACAACCUCCACUGCACCUGGUCUAUCGAGGCAGACACAGGAAAAACCAUCAGCCUCCACUUCAUCGUGUUCGACACGGAGGCGGAUCACGACGUCCUGAAGGUAUGGGACGGCCCGACUGAGAGUGGCAUCUUGCUAAAGGAGUGGAGCGGCUCGCUCCUGCCCGAGGACGCCCACAGCACCUUCAACGUGCUCACGCUCCAGUUUGACAGCGAUUACUUCAUCAGCAAAUCCGGCUUCUCCAUCCAGUUCUCUACUACAACUGCCACAACCUGCAAUGACCCAGGCACGCCCCAAAAUGGCAGCCGUUAUGGGGACAGCAGGGAGCCGGGCGACACCAUUUCUUUCCAGUGUGACCCAGGCUACCAGGUUCAGGGUGUGUCAGAGAUCACUUGUGUUCAGCUCAACAACCGAUUCUUUUGGCAGCCUGACCCCCCUACAUGCAGAGCUACCUGUGGAGGCAAUGUGACAGGACCUGCUGGAGUGAUUCUAUCACCCAACUACCCACAGCCCUACCCGCCAGGGAAAGAGUGCGACUGGCGGAUAAAAGUCAACCCAGACUUUGUCAUCGCUCUAAUUUUCAAAAGCUUCAACAUGGAGCCCAGCUAUGACUUCCUGCAUGUCUACGAGGGUGAGGACUCCAAUGGGCGACUCAUCAGCAGCCUGCAGGGCAGCCAGGCGCCCGAGCGCAUUGAGAGCAGCGGCAACAGCCUCUUCCUUGCCUUCCGCAGCGAUGCCUCCCUCGGCAUGUCCGGAUUCGCCAUCGAGUACAAAGAGAAGCCCCGAGAAGCGUGCUUUGACCCCGGGAGUAUCAUGAAUGGAACCAGGCUAGGAAUGGACUACAAACUUGGCUCAACGGUCACGUACCAGUGUGACUCGGGCUACACCAUCAGUGGCCCAGCCACUCUCACCUGCAUAAUUGGAGCUGAUGGGAAACCUGCUUGGGACAAGGCUCUUCCUACAUGUAAAGCUCCCUGUGGCGGGCAGUACACGGGGUCAGAAGGAGUCGUGCUGUCUCCAAACUAUCCAUACAAUUACACUGCAGCCCAGACCUGCUCCUACUACAUCACUGUCUCUGGAGAGUUUGUGGUCUUUGGGCAGUUUGCCUACUUUCAGACGGCCAUGAACGACUCAGUCGAGCUGUUUGAUGGGCCCAAUCAGAAUGCCCGGCUACUGAGCUCCCUGGCUGGUUCUCAUUCUGGUGAGACCUUGCCCUUGGCCACUUCAAACCAGAUCAUGCUGAGGUUCACUGCCAAGAGCGGACCUUCUGCCAGGGGAUUCCAUUUUGUUUACCAAGCUGUUCCACGCACCAGUGAUACCCAGUGCAGCUCCAUCCCAGAGCCCAGAUAUGGAAGGCGAAUCGGCUCGGAAUUCUCUGCCGGCUCCAUUGUUCGCUUUGAGUGCAACCCAGGGUACCUCCUCCGGGGAUCCAAAGCCAUUAAGUGUCACGCUGUUCCCAACGCACUGGCACAAUGGAACGACACCAUCCCCACCUGCAUAGUUCCAUGCAGCGGGAACCUGACAGAGAGGCGAGGCACUAUCCUCUCUCCCGGCUUCCCCGAGCCCUAUGGGAACAGCUUGAACUGCGUGUGGAGAAUCACCGUUACCGAAGGAGCUGGGAUCCAGAUCCAAGUCAUGAGCUUUGCCACUGAGCAUAACUGGGAUUCCUUAGAGAUCUACGACGGUGGUGACAUGACUGCUCCAAAGCUGGGUAGUUUUUCAGGUACGACAGCACCAGCAUUGCUGAACAGCACAUCCAACCAGCUAUACCUCCAUUUCCACACCGACAUCAGUGUGGUCGCCGCUGGAUUUCACCUUGAGUACAAAACUGUGGGUCUGACCACCUGCCCUGAGCCAGUAGUGCCAGCCAAUGGAAUCAAGAGCGGCGACCGCUACAUGGUGAACGAGGUGGUCUCGUUCAGCUGCGAACCAGGCUACGUGCUGCAGGGUCAUUCUCACAUAACAUGUAUGCCAGGGACUGUACGGCGCUGGAACUACCCCCCUCCACUGUGUAUUGCCAAGUGUGGGGGCACCCUCCGCAAGAUAAGUGAUGUGAUUCUGAGCCCAGGCUUCCCUGGCAACUACCCUGGCAAUCUGGACUGCACCUGGAGGAUCCUCCUGCCUGUCGGAUACGGCGCACACAUCCAGUUCCUCAACUUCACCACAGAAGACAACCAUGACUUCCUGGAGUUCCGCAAUGGGCCAGGGCACAGCAGCUCCAUGAUUGGCCAGUACAGUGGCAGCCAGCUGCCCCCAUCCCUCCUGAGUUCAACACAUGAGACUGUGGUCCACUUCUACAGUGACCACUCCCAGAACCGCCAAGGCUUCCGGCUCACUUAUCAAGCAUACCAACUGCAGAACUGUCAAGACCCUUAUCCUUUCCACAAUGGAUAUAUCAUCAAUAAUGACUUCAAUGCAGGCCAGUCCAUAACAUUUGAGUGCUUCCAUGGAUAUGUUUUGGUUGGUCAUUCUGUGUUAACAUGCCAACAUGGAACCAACAGAAAAUGGAACCAUCCAUUUCCUCGUUGUGAAGCUCCCUGUGGCUACAACGUGACUGCUCCAAAUGGCACCAUUUUCUCGCCUGGCUACCCCAACGAGUAUCCGGACUCACAGGACUGCAUCUGGCUCAUCACUGUGCCACAUGGGCAUGGCGUGUACAUCAACUUCACACUGCUGCAGACCGAGCCUGUCACCGACUACAUCACUGUGUGGGACGGGCCGGAGCAAAGCUACCCGCAGCUCGGAAUCUUCAGUGGCAAUACAGCCCUGGAGUCGGCCUACAGUUCUUUCAAUCAAGUUCUUAUCAAGUUUCACAGUGACUUCUCCACAAAUGGAUUCUUUGUCCUCAAUUUCCAUGCUUAUCGUCUGAAGAAAUGUCCCCCUCCCCCUAUAGUGGAGGAAGCAGAAAUAUUAUAUGAAGAUGAAGACUAUGAAAUAGGUGACACUGUGAGAUAUCAGUGUUUGCCUGGGUUCACCUUGGUUGGCAACGAUGAGCUCACCUGCAAGCUUAACUCCCACCUGCAGUUUGAGGGGCCACCCCCGGUGUGUGAAGCUCAGUGUCCUGCCAACGAAGAGCGUACCACAUCAUCUGGGGUUAUCCUGAGCCCAGGUUUUCCAAAGAGCUACCCCAACUCGCAAACGUGUUCCUGGAUCAUCAGAGUACUGCCUGCCUUCACAAUCUCUAUUUAUGUGGAGAUGUUUCAGAGCGAGAAGCAGUUUGAUGAGUUGGAGCUCUUUGAUGGUCCAUCUGGCCAGAGCCCAUUGUUGGUGGCACUUAGUGGGAACCACUCAACACAGUUGAAUUUCACAAGCAAGACCAACCAGCUUUAUCUCAGAUGGUCAACCGACCAUGCCACCAACAAGAAGGGAUUUAAAAUACGCUACACAGCGGCGUAUUGUAGCAUCAGCAGCCCGCCCAAGAACGGCGGCAUCAUUAACAGGACGAGGGACCGACCUGGCAGCAAGAUCCAGUACUACUGUAACUCGGGCUACAGGCUUGUGGGACAGCGCAACGCCACAUGCAGGCUCCAUCCCAAUGGCCUGUACCAAUGGGACGCACCAGCACUGCUCUGUCAAGCUAUCUCAUGCGGCGUGCCGGACAACCUGGGCAACGGCUCCUUCCAUGGGCUGCAGUACACAGUAGGCAGUAGAGUGCAGUACCAGUGCGACGAAGGCUACCAGGCCGAGAGCGCCACUCUGCUGACCGCUGUCUGCCUGGAGGAUGGCACCUGGAGCAAUAUGGCCCAUCCUCCCCGCUGUUUACCGGUGCAGUGUCCCGACAUCGAGAGCAUGCUCUCUGAGCACAUGGUGUGGCAUCCAAUCUCAGGCUCACCGAACGAACUUGGAGCACAGAUAAUGCUGAGCUGUGCCCCCGGAUACUACAUGGGAGGGCGCAGGAUUAUCCGGUGCCUAGCCAACGCUACCUGGGGUGGACUGGAGGAGAAGUCGACCUGCAAAAUUAUCUCCUGCGGCGAGUUGCCCUCACCUCCCAAUGGCAAGAAGAUGGGCACGUUGACCACCUUCGGAGCCACAGCCAUAUUCAUGUGCAACACAGGCUACACACUUGUGGGCUCCCAUGUGAGAGAGUGUCAGGCCAAUGGGCUCUGGAGUGGAGUGGAAACCAAAUGCCUAGCUGGCCACUGCGACUCACCCGACCCCAUCCCGAAUGGCCACAUCAGCGGCGAUGGCUCCAGCUACAGAGACACCGUGGUGUACCAGUGCAACCUGGGGUUUCGUCUCAUUGGAACAUCAGUGCGGAUCUGCCAGCAGGAUCACAGGUGGUCGGGCCAAGCACCUGUCUGUGUUCCCAUCACAUGUGGCCAUCCCGGCAACCCAGCCAAUGGGCGGACGAACGGAAAUGAAUUCAACCUCAACGAUGUAGUGAAUUUCACAUGCAGCGAGGGCUACUUGCUGCGUGGCACGCCACGGGCCCAGUGCCGCAUGAAUGGCCAGUGGAGCAACCCCCUUCCCAUGUGCAGUGUGGUAAACUGCUCAGAUCCAGGCUUCGUGGAGAACGCCGUGCGCCACUCCCCACAACGCUAUCCUGAGAGCUUCAGCUAUGGGCACACUGUUAUGUACCACUGCAAGCGGGGCUUCUAUCUCCUCGGCUCGCCCGUGCUCACCUGUCAGCCAAACGGCUUGUGGGACCGAUCGCUUCCUAAGUGCCUUCCCAUAUCCUGUGGCGAUCCAGGCACGCCGCCCUUUGCCAUGCUUUCGGGGAGGAAGUUCACCAACGGCGCCGUGGUGCACUAUUUGUGUGGCCAAAGCCGAGUACUGCUGGGCAACGGUACACGCCAGUGCCAGGAAGAUGGUCACUGGAGUGGCUCACCGCCCUACUGCUCAGGUGGCAAUCUGGGCUUUUGCGGGGAUCCAGGCGUCCCGCCGCAUGGCUCACGCCUGGGGGAGGAGUUCCGGCUGCGGAGCCUGCUUCGGUUCACUUGCGAGGCGGGCUACAUGCUGGUUGGCUCAUCGGAGCGCACAUGCCUACAGAAUGGCUCAUGGAGCGGCACCCAGCCUGUUUGCGAGGCCGUAUCCUGUGGAAACCCUGGAACCCCAGCCUUCGCCAGGAUCAUCUUCAGUGAUGGCAUGCUGUUCUCCAAUUCAGUGACAUACGCAUGUUGGGAGGGUUACAAGACAUCUGGCCUCACCACCCGCCACUGCACCACCAACGGCACCUGGACUGGGUCUGCCCCAGAUUGCACUGUUAUCAGCUGCGGAGAUCCAGGUCCCAUUGCCAAUGGCAUUUAUAUGGGGAGUGAGUUCACCUUCAACAAAACUAUUCGUUAUCGUUGUAACCCUGGCUAUGUUAUGGAACCUCCAGGGUUAGACAUCCUACGGUGCUCAAAAGAUGGCACUUGGAACCAGACCAAACCAAGCUGCAGAGUGGUCAUGUGCAGCCAGCCCCCGGCCAUCCACUAUGGAAAGGUGGAGGGCUCCGACCUGCAGUGGGGCUCUAGUAUCGCCUACAGCUGCUUGGAUGGGUAUCAGUUAUCCUCCCCUGGAAUAGCCACGUGUGAGGGGAAUGGGACGUGGCGUGGUGACAUCCCCCAGUGUUUGCCUGUAUUAUGUGGAGACCCGGGCACACCUGCAGAAGGCUACAGAGAGGGAAAUGAGUUUACCUACAAGUUAGAGGUGGCAUUCUACUGCCGGUCACCCUACGUGCUGGUGGGCUCCUCCAGACGAGCGUGCCAGGAGGAUGGCUCCUGGAGUGGAAUCCAGCCCUCCUGCAUUGAUCCAGCAUUCAAUGCAUGCAGAGAUCCUGGAACUCCAGCAUAUGGAAUCCCACUUCAGGCUCAAGGAUUUGAGGUGGGAAGUAAAGUUUUCUUCCGAUGCCGAAAGAAUUAUCACAUCCUAGGCUCAACCACCAGAACGUGUCUGGAAAAUUUGACGUGGAGUGGUGUACAGCCUGAGUGUGUCGCACACGCCUGCCGACAGCCCGAGACGCCAGCUCACAUGGAUGUGAGGGCCAUCGACCUGCCCACUCUGGGCUACACCCUCAUGUACACAUGCCAAGACGGCUUCUUUCUGGCCGGGGGAUCCGAGCACCGCACGUGCAGACCAGAUGGCAGGUGGACGGGAAAGCCUCCCAUCUGCAAAGUUGGCCCAAAAAUAAACAGCAAGUCAAAGGAUGCAGAUGUCCAGAAAAACAAGAUUCGAGUUCCAGCAGACGUGUUCUCGUUAAACUCCGGCUGGACGGGAUUCUAUGAGUACCUUGGCAAAAGACAGGCUGCCACAAUAACCGUCAGUGCAUUCAAUGCCACAACGAGCAGGGUCAAUGUUACUCUCCUGGAGCAAAACGGCGUGCAGAUCAAGCUUUCUGGGACUUACAAGAAAGAGGAAAAUCAUCUAUUACUUAAGGUCUACCAGAUACGAGGUCCAACAGAACAGUACUUUAGCAAAUUCAAAAAUGACAACUGGGCAAUGGAUGGCUAUGUGACAGCAGAGACGGAGAAGAAAAUGUUUGUAUAUCAAGGUCAUAUCCACAGCAAAGAUUUUGGGAAAUUUCAGCUGACAAGACAAGGUCUUGUCACUACGGAUAUAGAUUCCUCCAGUCCUUACUACGGCACGAACAGCAGCUCAGUUGCAGCUGCCAUACUGGUGCCGUUCUUUGCUCUCAUUCUGUCAGGGUUUGCGUUUUACCUCUACAAACACAGAACAAGACCAAAAGUCCAGUACAACGGAUAUGCUGGGCACGAGAAUACGAAUGGGCAGGCAUCGUUUGAGAAUCCCAUGUAUGACACGAAUAUGAAGCCGACGGAGGCGAAAGCUGUUCGGUUCGACACGACGCUCAACACGGUGUGCACCGUGGUAUAGCCUCUGCUAGCCGGACUAGCUCGAUGCAACAUCGAGAGGCAACCAGGAGUAGUACCUUCUUUGUGACUGGGUCCAGUUUGGUAGGAACAUGAACUUCAAGUUCAACUCUGAUAAUUUCCUCAUUUCAAAGAACCAACAGCUUUUUGUUGUUGAUUUGGAUUGGGGGGUGGGUUACAACCACAGAAGAAAUUAAAACUUUGCAAAAAUAGAAGUUUCAGAGGAAUCUAUCAAAGAAACAAAAAGUAGACAUUUUUAUAAAUCUAGGCUUGCAAGGUGAUUUUGGCCAGAACAAAUAUCCAUGUUGUUUCUCAGAGCAAGGAACACCACCAUUAACAGCACAUGUGUAGAUUCAAAGGUUUUUUAUCCUCCUUUUUUCAUGCUCCCCCCUCCAAAAAAAAAAAAACCACACUCCCUAGGGAAGAUGCUGAAGUUUCUUUAAAAGCCACAGAGUUGCUCACCCAGUGUAUUUUCUUCAGUGAAGACAAAUGACAAUGAACAGAGCAACUGGACAAGAGUGGCGUAGAGUGGUACAGCAGAUAUCUCCAAUGACAAGAUGCUCAGCAGAAAACCCGACAUCCCUCCCUGGGUUGUGGAUGGAACUGUCAACUGUUGCAUUGCAGGAAAAAAGAACUAAAAAACAAACAAACGAAAAACUGAUUAAAAACCUGAAAAAAACUUUAUUGCACAAAUUUUGCACUAGUAUGAGGAGGAUGUGAAAUGUGUUUAUUGGAACAAAUGAGCAAACAGAAAAAAUAAUAUACAGGGUUACUGACCAUGUGUAUAUAAACAUGUAAUUCCAUAUCCAUAAAGAGCAUGAUGUCAUGCUAUAUCUAUCAAGAGAGAGUCUGAUUAUAUUUUCUAAAUUAGCUCUGCAAAUAAAGUUAUGUUUAUGUUUACAAAAACCUAUUUGAAAGGUUAUAAGGACACACUUUAAGCUUUGGAACUGUUCUUUUUUUAAACAUACAUUCCUUCCCAUUUUUCAUUCUUCCUUUAGUUCUCUUUUCCUUUUUUUUUCUUCUCCAGAAAUGUGAGCACCAUUUUUUUAGUUUUCAUUGCUAAAAUCUAAUCAAAAUAAAACUGCUUUGACAAGCCUAGAUGUAAAAAACAUUCCCUUUUUUACUGAAUAUUUACACAUUCAUCAUUCAACAUUCAGGUUCUUUUCCAUGGCUUUAAGCCUCAUUUGAUGCCAUUCUGUAUGUUCUCAUCCUGACUGAUUACUGACAAAUUUGCUUUCAGUAUGUAUCAAAUAUACCUCUUGUGCAGAAGGAUAUAAUUUUUUAUGAUGCUGGUGCAAAUCUUUAUUUUAAUGAAUGCUGCACUUACGUUAAAUCACUGUUUUCAUCCCAGGGUUGAUGCUGAUAUGUUAAUAAUCAUGCGUUCUAGGCUAUUCAUGUUUAUCAUCUGUUAAUGCCUUUAUGAGAUUUUUCAGCUCAUAAGUUGGUUAAUUUUUUCCCAUCUGUCCCUCUUUAUACCACUUGUUCUAUCAUCCCACCCCCACCCCACCCCAAAGAUACUGGGUCACUGAAGGUCAGGCGUACUCUCGAAGAAACACUGCCUUAUUAGUUUCACAAGCAUGACAGUGCCGUUUCAAUACCCAAUGACCUGUAUCAUUACCUAGUGAAGAGUGGAGAGCUUCUUGGGUACGUAUUCACUGUGAUUUUAAUCUCAUAAGUUGCUGGGUUUUCCUGACCAUACCAGUAACAGAGCAUUCACUCAUUGCAAAGGCAAACAUUUUUAAAUCUGCAAACUAGCUGACACCAGUUGUUUUUGUUUUCCAAAAUACGCUGUUAUAUGCACUCGCACUUCAACACAUUACAAGCUUAGCAUCAAAUGUGCACAAAUGACAUUAAGAUUGCUUUUCGGUAACAGAUAUUUUCAUGCUGGCCAUAUUUUCAAUUUGAGCGUCCUGUUGAGGUGACGUAAAACCACACCAUUGUGUAAAUGGAGACAUUUGCUUUGAGCUGAUGCAGUACUACUAAAAUGUUAUACAGUCACAUUUAGCUGUUAGACAGAAACAUGUUCAUGCACAAGUCUAAACGUGCUGUGUUGGACUCUUGGAUCAGGUUAAGGUGUGAAACCUAAUGGUAUCAGUUCUGUCUCUCUCACACUACACUCUCCAUGUUAUGAUAACCUAGAUAAUCCACAUCUUGCCUUUAUUCAGGCUUGCUGCAAUAAUGUUGACUUUUGUUUUCCUUUUUUCACCACUGUAAAAUAGUUACCAACUGACAAGCUGUAAAACUGCAUUCAAAUCAACAGUCACCAUGUUCACUUAUGUCAUUCUGUCAUGUGCUGCUGACUUGAAGUAGGUGCAACAGAAAAUGUUUUUGUACAGAAAUAUAUUUUUUAUGAAGAAUUUGUAAAUUUAUGAAAUAUGCUGUACUUUUUUCAUUAAUGUAGGUAAAAUUGUUAAAAUAAAUGUUUUUACUGUAUAAAAUGUAAAUUAAUGGUUUAUCUACCUAUAAGUAUAUAUCUAUGGUUGAAACAUUUUCCAACAAAUGUCAAUAUGUACGAGCUUUUAUGACCUAUUCUGCUCGUAUGUGUUCUUUGACGUGGGAGAAAACAAUGAACCUUAGAGAACUGUAUUACAGAUUGUCAAAAGACAUAUUUU